AUGGCCGCGUCCACCCUGUCCGUCUGCUCCAGCGACCUGAGCUAUGGCAGCCGCGUCUGCCUGCCCGGGGCCUCGGACUCCUGCCCCGACUCCUCCUGGCAGGUGGACGACUGCCCAGAGAGCUGCUGCGAGCCCCCGUGCUGCGCCCCAGCCCCCUGCCUGACCCUCCUGUGCAGCCCCUGCCAGUCGGCCCGCACUGGCUCCUGCUGCCGGCCAGCCUGUGGCCUCUCCUCCCUCUGCCAGGAAUACUGCUGCACCCCUGUGUGCUGCAAGUCCGUCUGCUGCACCCCAGUGUGCUGCAAGCCUGUCUGCUGCACCCCUGUGUGCUGUGAGGACUCCCCCUGCACAACCUCUUCAUGCUGCCAGCCAUCCUGCUGCACCUCCUCCCCCUGUCAGGAAGACUGCUGCACCCCUGUGUGCUGUAAGCCCGUCUGCUGCACCCCUGUGUGCUGCAAGCCUGUCUGCUGCACCCCUGUGUGCUACUGCUGCACCCCUGCGUGCUGCAAGCCCGUCUGCUGCACCCCUGUGUGCUGCGAGGAUUCCCCCUGCUCAGCCCCCUCCUGCUGCCAGCCCAGCCCCUGCUGCAGACCCUCCUCCUGCGUGUCCCUGCUCUGCCGCCCCGCGUGCCCCCGCCCCGCCUGCUGCGCCCCUGCCUCCUCCUGCUGCCGCCCGGCCUCCUGCGUGUCCCUGCUCUGCCGCCCCACGUGCCCCCGCCCCGCCUGCUGCGGCCCUGUCUCGGGCCAGCCCUGCUGCUGA